AUGACACCCCCAACGGAAAAUGACGCGUUGCCGGCCAUACUUUCGCGGCAGACAGAGAUUCUUGAUCAAGUAUCUAUAGCGUCGGGUUUCACGAAUGUAGAUUCUAGAAUCAAAUUGCCAGUUAUCAAGUUGCCGCAUUUUGAUGGCAAAAUCGAAGAAUGGAAACGCUUUUCCGACAGCUUCCGUUCCAUUAUACAUGAAAGGUCUCAGUUAUCCACUAUCGAAAAGUUUCAAUAUUUACCUUCAUCCAUCUCGGGCGAUGCCGCGAAAAUCAUAGAAUCAAUAGAGUUGACGAGUCAGAAUUACGCUGCGGCAUGGGAAUUGCUACAGCAGCGUUAUGACGAUCCGAGAUCAUUAAAGAAAAGGCACAUACAGUGUCUAUUCACAAUGCCUGCGAUAUCGAAAGAGUCGGCGAAGGCUCUGCGGGAACUAAUCGAUUACACUUCUAGACAUCUACGAGUUUUGAAGGUGCUAGGCUCCCCCACGGAGACAUGGGACGAACUCAUCAUGCACAUGUUGGAAGCCAAGUUCGACAUAAGGACACUCAGAGCUUGGGAAGAAGAGAUUAAGUCGAACGAAAACGUCAAGCUAGAUGACAUGCUAAGUUUCUUAAGGAAUAGGUGUCAAACACUAGAGCGAAUUGAGUCCAGAAACGUUGACAAAACAGAAAAGCCCUCCAAGGAAGGUGAGCAACGUGGCAAGGCAAACUCUGCAACAGGGCUAAAAAAUAAAAGGGCCGCUCUUGCAACCUCUUUCUCUUCAGGUAAGUGCUACCUUUGUAAUGGAAACCAUUACUUAUAUUCUUGCGAGCAGUUUCUAGCAUUAUCGGUGGUUGACCGAAUCAAGGAGGUCAAACGUUUGAAGUUGUGCUCAAAUUGCCUGAGAAAUGACCAUUACGUCAAAACAUGCAAGAUGGGGCAUUGUCGAGAAUGUACUCAAAAGCACAACACAUUGUGCCACACGUCUAAGGAGGAUCAGAUAUCUCCGGCCAAGCCAGGUGGAUCGGAAUCUUUAGCCAAGGCUGGUUCCGAGCAGCCGGUCAACAAUGUAUCGGUUCAUCAUUCAUCCAAAAAAUCGAGUAAUCGUCGAGUGCUUUUGGCAACAGCAGUUGUAAAGGGAACCCGCAGCAACGGUUCUAAUAUAAUGCUACGUGCACUGUUAGAUAGUGCUAGCGAAGCCAAUUUUAUUACACAAGCAGCGCACAACCGAUUAGGUUUAAGGCGAAACAAUAUUUCAGAAACUGUUACGGGUUUGAAUGGGGUAGAGAACAAAAUCUACAGCAUUUGCGAUGUACACGUCAAGUCAAGGUGUUCUGAAUUUGAAUUCAACACUCAGUUUCUAAUUAUUCCUAGAAUUACUAAAAACCUGCCAUCCGCGGAAAUGGAUUGUCAACGGAUUCAAAUUCCGGGAAAUCUUGAACUGGCAGACCCCGAGUUCUUUAAGAGUAGUCCGAUAGACAUGUUAAUCGGAGCCGAAUACUUUUUUGACUUGCUAGAAAAUGGUAAAAUCGAAAUUGAUAACGAUCGAUUGACUCUACAAAACACUAAAUUUGGUUGGUUAGUGGUCGGUUCAAUACCAUCCGCGGUCACGAAUUUUCAAGUUUACAAACGAAAUGCAUUAACUGUAAUGACCUGUUCACUAGGUUCCACGGAUUCAUUAGACAAGAAUAUAGAAAACUUUUGGAAGUUAGAAAGUUACGACAAUGACAAGGCGCGAAAACUAUCAGUAGGCGAAAAAUUUUGCGAACAAUAUUUUGAGCAGACUACUAAUCGAACAAACGAUGGAAGAUUCAUAGUUAGAUUGCCUUUUGGCGAAAAGAACCUUCCUAUUGGCAAUAACAAGGAAAUCGCGUUGAAAAGAUUGUAUCAGCUAGAGCGCAGGUUCAAGGGUGACGAAGUCUUUCGCAAGCAAUACCUUAAAUUCAUGUCCGAAUACGUCGAGUUAAAUCAUAUGUCGAUCGUGAAUAAAUCAAUUCAAGAUUCACGACCCAUAGUAUAUCUCCCUCAUCACGGAGUUUUCAAAGAUAACAUUAAUAAUACCAAACUUCGCGUCGUUUUUGAUGCGUCAGCGAAAAAUAACCAAGGUGUAUCCUUGAAUGAUGCGCUUCUCGUUGGUCCCGUAUUGCAGGACAAUUUAAUUGAUAUAAUUUUGAGAUCCAGAUUCUACAAAGUAGCUAUUAUAGCGGAUUUGCAAAAAAUGUACCAUCAAGUAUUGGUACACCAUGAUGAAAGAGAGUUUCAACGUAUCUUAUGGCGAUUUUCACCCGACGAGCCUGUACAGGAAUAUCAUUUGAAUACUGUUACAUACGGACAAUCCUGUGCGUCAUAUUUAGCUAUAAGGUGUCUGAGACAACUCGCUUCAGUAGAACUAGAGCAUCAUCCGCUAGCGGCUCGUUCAUUGUUGAACGACACUUAUUUAGACGAUAUAAUCACAGGAGCGGACACGAUCGGGGAUGCAUGUAUUCUGCAAAGGCAAUUGAUAUCUUUAUUAGCCAAGGGGGGCUUCGAGGCACACAAGUGGUGCUCGAACGCAGUAGAAGCAUUGGACGGUGUACCCACGAAUUUGCGUGAAUUCAACACAAAUUUGAGUCUCAGCAAUAGCGACGUCACCCGAACGCUAGGCCUCGAAUGGAAUCCGAUGUCCGACGAGCUUCAGUUCACUGUACAGUCAUUGGAAGAUGCAUCCUCGAAGCGUGCCGUGCUUUCGGUUAUAAGCAAAUUAUUCGAUCCGUUAGGAUUAGUUGGUCCCGUUAUGACCACAGCCAAAAUUUUGAUGCAGGGAUUGUGGGAAAUAAAAACAGGUUGGGACGAUCCCCUUCCUGAUGCGUUUUUAAAUAAAUGGCGAACCUUUCAGCAAAGUUUGAUGGAUGUAAACUUGAUACGGAUUCCACGUAUAGUCACUAAUAUAUCAAAGGCGGGCCGAGUCAUUGUACACGGGUUUUGCGAUGCGUCCGAAAACGCAUACGGUGCUUGCAUUUACAUACAAUGGAAAGGCGAUACUUCCGACGAAAUAUCGGUUGGCUUAUUAUGUUCCAAAGCAAAGGUUGCUCCCCUGAAAAGGCAAUCUAUACCGCGAUUAGAGCUAUGCAGUGCUUUGUUAUUAUCAAAAUUAAUUGUCAAUGUGAAACAAGCCAUACAGGUAAAGGUAGUUGAAACGCACGCUUGGUGUGACUCGAUGGUCGUGCUAUAUUGGACACGUGGAGAUGCUUCGCGUUGGAAGUCCUUCGUCUCCAACCGCGUGACCGAAAUUGUCGACAACCUGCCUGCCGUCAAUUGGAGGCACGUCAAGAGUUCCGAGAACCCGGCAGACUUGCUAUCAAGAGGCGCCACACCUGUCAAGAUAAGAGACAAUCGGCUAUGGUGGUACGGACCAAAAUGGUUAUCAGAAUCACUGCGUCCAGCGCACGGCGAAGAACUCCAUCCAAACGCUCUUGAAAGCGAUAUGGCUGAUGCUGAAAUCGAGGCGAAGGGUAGGUCUCGUCUGUGUCAUUUAAAUAUACGGCAAUUUUCUCCGAAUGAAUCGCUUCACAGGCUCAUUCAAGAUUGUUCAACAUUGACGAAAAUAGAACGAUCGCUCGCUUAUUGCCUUCGUUUCCUCCACAACUGUCGUAAGGAACCACGCGACAGAUUACGGACUAGACUAACUUUGCAAGAAAUAAAUGAAUCCCGACGAAUGAUAAUCAAGUACACUCAGAGUUUUUAUUUCCAAGAGGAAUUGAGAAAUUUGCAAGGCCAAGGACAGAUGAGAGCCUCAAACAAGCUAUAUCAGUUACAUCCGUUCCUGGACGAAAACGGUAUUUUACGAGUGAGUGGUCGUCUUCAAGAGAGGCCCUGGACCUUCGAAAGGAAAUAUCCUAUUUUGCUGCCUGCAAAAUGCAAGAUUACCCGUUUAAUCGUGGAAAGAGCACACCGCUUAUUACUACACGCAAAUCAGCAAUUAUUGUUGGCAUCAAUACGACAGCAAUACUGGCCAUUAAACGCCAGGAACAUAGUUCGUCAAGUUUGCCGGACAUGCGUUUGGUGCGUCAGAAACAAUCCUAAAGGGCUUACGCAAGCCAUGGGACAUCUGCCCAGCGACAGGAUCAAGCCAUCGCGUGCAUUCUCUGUAACCGGAAUCGACUAUGCUGGUCCCAUUAUCACUCUACUCAACAAAGGUCGAGGUAGAAAAACAUGUAAAUCGUAUGUAGCUUUGUUCGUUUGCUUCGCCACAAAGGCGAUACAUUUGGAGGUAGUGAGUGAACUAUCAACAGCGGCAUUCAUAGCCGCACUGCGUAGAUUUGUUGGGCGUCGCGGAGUCCCACGCAAAAUUUGUAGCGACAACGCCACGAACUUUGUCGGCGCUAAAAGGGAGUUAGAAGAGAUAUACUCUUUUGUCCGCUCGUCUAUCAAUGGUCCAGCCAAUGAUACGUUGCUAGAAUUGGGUAUUGAAUGGAGCUUCAUUCCACCGUAUUCUCCGCACUUAGGAGGCCUCUGGGAAGCCGGAGUCAAAGCAUGCAAAUAUCAUUUGAAACGAGUAAUGGGCAACAAUCUGCUCACGUUCGAGGAGCUAUCCACUGUUUUAAUCCAGAUUGAAGCUUGUCUAAAUUCCCGGCCAUUAGCCCCGCUGUCCGCGGAUCCUUUGGACCUCCAACCAUUAACCAGGUCACUUUCUCACGGGCGCGCCAUUGACAAGCAUACCAGAAGCCGUGUUAAGUGGAAAACCCGCCAAGAAAACCUCAAGGAAAACGAUCUUGUGUUACUACAAGAAGAUAAUCUUCCACCCCUCAAGUGGCGAAUGGGUCGAGUAAGCCAGAUCCAUGCUGGCAAGGAUGGACUGGUGAGAGUUGUUACAGUUCGCACCGCCAACGGUCUAGUCAAGAGAUCAAUCGCCAAACUUUGCAAAUUACCGAUGGACGAAAAAUCGAGCAAGAAAGAUUAG